AUGCCCGCCCACCAGAUCAUCGCCGCCGCCCCGAUCCACGACUCGCCGCUUAUGACGAAGCGGGAGUGGGCGGAAAAGAUGAUGGGCUCGGUGCGGCCCCCCCAACUGGCCAACGUGCGCCGCUCGAGGGGGGCGCUGCGGAAAGGCAUGGAGGACGCGAAGAGGAUCGUCGAAGACGGUUAGUUCUUUUUUAUAUUAAAAAAGAGAAGCCGUAACUCAUGCACGGUCUCCAGUGCUGACAAUAUGGGCGUGGCCUCGGCCAAAUGGCGUUUUCAUGAAUUGAGCAGGUUUUCUUCAGAUUUUUCUGGUCAAAGGCGAUGAAAAAUGAUUGUUCGACUUGAAACACACACUAAUUCUCAGAAUUAAUGACGUUUUGGCGCAUUUUUCGCGGACUUUGCUUUUUCGCCUUCGCCGCCUAAACCGCACUUCUCAUUUUGCGCUUUCUUGACCGUUUUCAUACAGAAUUGGUUUUGAGAAUGAUAAAUCACGUAAAUACAAGCAUUUUGAGCGCAUUACCGAAAAGCAACUGAAAUUCACGCAGUUUUAGCCAAAAACCUUCAAACUUGACCAAAUUUAACGCUCUUGCGCUUAAAAAAUUCGUAAUAGCCUAUACAAUUGGUCUAUUGAAAGACAAAUGUGAAAUUAUAGGUUUUUCAUGGCUACUCUGCCAAAAAACACAAAUUUUGCGGUUAAAAUUUGAAUUUCGCACCAAUGUAUCGCUCUAUUGGGCGGGGCGCACUUUCGCUCAUUGUAAGCUCUGGAGACCGUGUCAUGUAAAAGUUUUUGCGUUUCAAAACUACUUUUUGAAGAUUCAGCUAGAAGUAAGAAGUGCUCAAAAUUGAAACCAUAAACUCCCUUUCUCAUUGUUUUAAUUGUAGGAUCCACGUCGCCGUUGGUCUCGGACCACUACACGGGAUCAAAGAGCUCCGCGUUCCUUGAUCAGGUCUUCCGAGACCAAAAGACCAUCGGAAGGGGCUCGUUCGGAGAGGUGUUCUCCGUGCGGUCCCUGGAAGACGGUGGGCUCUAUGCCGUCAAAAUGAGCUCGCGAGAGCUCCGGCAAACGAGCCCUCUGAAGUAUAGAGAGGCAGUCAACCACAUGGUUCUGCCGAGGCAUCCGAACAUUCUUGGAUUCGUCCAGGCGUGGGAGGACGUGGGCCGUCUCUACAUUCAGACGGAGCUCGCCGAGCAGAGUUUGCUCGCCUUUUGCUCGGCUGGCGUCUCGGAAGACCAAGUGUGGCACUUCGCCAUCGAUAUUCUCCGUGCGGUGGAUCAUCUGCACGCGCAUCGAAUGAUCCACUGCGACAUCAAAACGGAGAACAUCCUGGUGACGAAAGGGAGCAUCUGCAAGCUCGCCGACUUUGGAUUGGCCACCCGACUCGACAAGGUUAGUUUGUGUUCUUCUUCUUGUUCCCCUCUAAAACACUUGUUGUAUCUUUCAGCCGCAAGAAAUGGAGAGCGCAGAAGAGGGAGAUUCGCGGUACCUGGCAAAGGAGGUGCUCAACGGCAAGCCGACAAUGUCUUCCGAUGUUUUCUCCGCCGGAAUGACUAUUCUCGAGAUUGCGACGGAUCUUGUGCUCCCUGGAAACGGCGAUGGAUGGGACGACAUCCGGAACUGGCGCAUUCCCGACCGUUUCUUCCAUUCAAGAAGCGAAGAGCUGAAGGAGUUGACGAGACGGAUGCUGAGCAUAGUUCCAGAGAUGCGCCCGACGACUCAGCAGCUGUUCGAGUUUCCCGGAAUCAAGAAACGAUUGGAAGGACGGGAGGAAUACGUGAAAACCGCCGAAAUGGUUCGUUUGAUUCACUCACUUUCUUCUCAAUUUCAUCGCUAUAUUUUUCUAGAAACGACUCGCGGACGCCGAAAACAAGAAGGAAGAUGAGGAAAAGCCGACGACGACGCCCACUCUCGGAAUGAUUACGCCUCCGCGAAUGUCAGUUUGAAGGUGUUCACUUCAGUUUCGAACCAACCUUUUUUUUCAGCACGCCGCAAACACCGAAGAAGACCUCUGUCAAGAAGGAUUCCAAAUCGACGCCGUUUCCGAAGAAGCUGAAAUUGGAGGAUUCUGACGACGAAGAGGAUCCGUACUCGCCGCUCGUCCGACGCAGUUUGAAUAGAAGGUAAGUUCUGACGGACCUAGUCAUUUCAAUUUGAUACAUUUCAGAAAACUUCCGGAAGCCAGACGAACACUGUUUUCAAAGGGUGACGAGGAGGAGGAGGAGUGA